AAGAAAAAAGUCUCAUAAGCUCCAAGACCUACACACAGAUAAACCUAAAAUAAAUUGAAUUGAUUUGAAAAGAAUGCCAUCAAAAAUGGCGGAAGUGUCUUUAAAUAAUGAUGGGGACGAGCAUCCUCCAGCGAAAAAAAUCAAAAUACAGACAGAAAGUGAGUCUGAAAAUAUUGACAUUAAAGGGAAACCUGAAAUCUGUCUAUCCACCUUCGAAAUAACAAGAGUAUUACAAAACAAUUGCCUGAGGAAGCAAGUGUGCGUCGAAGGCGUCUUUAAAGGAAAUGAAGCCUCCAGUCUUGUGCUGUUUGAAAGACAGAUUUUUUCUAAUGAUGUAAUAUCUUUGAAAAAGGAACUGUGCAAUAAAGAUACUCUGUUAAAGAAACGUUUCACCAAUGAUGUUUAUGGGAAUUAUGAUUGUUUCCCUAGCAAGGAGUACAAUGGUUUAAAUGUAAUGGUAAUACACCCUGCGACACCGGAACAUAUUGAAAAGUUCAAACGAAAGGAAUUGUAUAUGGUUGAUGAAACCUAUGAACUUUAUACUAAGAUUACUGUUCCAUACAUUGAAUCGAGUAGUUUUUCUCUACAGUGGAUAUAUAACAUCUUAGAUAAAAAAGCAGAGCAAUCAAAAGUCAUAUAUGAAGAUAGAGAUGAAAAUAUUGGAUUUGUUCUGGUGCACGAUAUCAAAUGGAAUGGUGAAAUCAAUUCCUUAAAAUUAUUAGCACUUCCUUUCCAAAAACUUAGAUCAAUGAGAGAGUUGAACGCAUCCCAUAUUCCAUUAUUGAAAAAUAUAAGGGAUGCAGGAAUAGCAGAAAUUGCUAAGAGAUAUAACAUACCUGCUUCGCAACUUAGAAUAUACUUGCAUUACCAACCAUCAUACUAUCAUCUUCAUGUACAUUUUGCGUACCUCAUGUUUGAACCUCCAGGUAUAUAUGUAGAGAAAGCGCACCUUUUAUCUGUGGUUAUAAGAAAUCUUGAGUUGAUGUCAGACUAUUACAAGAAAGCUGUGCUUUCGUAUGUGGUUGCUGAAGGAGAUCCUUUGUUCCUUAAGUUUCAAGAAGAAGGAAUUUUAGCCAAAUCAAAGUCAGAAUCUGUGAAAACUGGAUAGUACAAUUGCGAAAGUGUAUUUAUUGAUAAGGUGUAUGUAUUAAGAAAUACAUAUGGUACAAGAAGAAAAGAAGAAAUACAUAAAGUUAAUAAAUAUUGCAAAUAAUGGGUGUUAUCAUUUGUGAUAUCAAUUAUCCUGU